AUGGCAGCUGAACAAACCCUUAGACAGUGGGCGACUCGUGAUGUCCCACAACAACCACUUUGCUUUAACUACCCUGCCAUGGAGAGUCUUGAACUCAAGUCCGGUCUUAUCCAUUUGCUACCUAACUUCCGAGGUCUUGAGAAUGAAGAUCCUCACAAAUUCCUAAAAGAAUUUCACGUUGUUUGCUCUGGGAUGAAGCCACACAAUGUUACUGAAGAUCAAAUCAAGCUAAGGGCACCCCCCUUCGCUCUGCAAGAUUUAGCAAAAGAAUGGCUAUAUUACCUACCACCGGGGUCGGUAAACACUUGGAAUGAUCUAGCAAAGAAGUUCUUAGACAAAUAUUUUCCAGAAGUAAAAGCCUCCAUUCUACGAAAGGAAAUCAUUGGGAUUAAGCAAGCUAAAAGGGAAGCUUUACACACUUACUGGGAAAGGUUUAAGAAACUGUGUGCCCAUUGUCCACAACAUGGAAUAUCUGAGCAUCAACUCCUUCAAUACUUUUGUGAAGGGUUGUCACCAUUGGAGAGGCGUUUGAUUAAUGCCUCAAGUGGAGGAGCUUUAAUUGAUAAGACACCAACUCAGAUUAGAACUUUGAUUACCUCCAUAGCUGAAGACACCAAGCACUCGGCACAGGAUGAUGAGUGGUACACGGAUGUUCCAGGAACAGUUAAGGAAGUGAGCACUCCUCACAUUGAAACUCAACUCGCUGAGCUGACAAAAGCGGUCAUGCAACUCACCAAGGAUAAGAGUGCUGAGCCACAAGCACGAGCUUGUGGAAUUUGUCUACAAUUUGGACACCCCACUGAUAUAUGUCCCACACUGCAAGAAGAUGUUGAACAAGCACAAGCACUUGGAAGCUACCAGGAGCAAAAUUCAAGGCAAUAUGAACAAUAUCAUGGCAAUCAAAAUUGGGGACCUCCUAACAUGAGUUAUCAGCAAAGAUCCCCACAAUAUCAGCAACGCCCACCCUUCCAAGGUAAUCAACAACAACAAAACUAUCAGUCUAGACAACAACCACCCGCACAACAACAAGCGGGAAGCUUGGGAAUGUCUUUAGAGGACAUUGUGAAAAGUUUAGCUACUAGCACUCAUACGUUCCAACAGGAGACUAAAGCUAGCAUCAAGAACUUGGAACAACAAAUGGCUCAACUUGCUAGCUCGGUGAGUAAAUUAGAGUCUCAAGGUAAACUACCUGCACAAACCGAGAAUAACCCAAAGCACAACGUGAGUGCCAUUACCUUGAGGAGUGGAAAGAGCUACGACGGUCCGAGUAUGCAAGAAGAAGAGGAAAUUGUUGUUGAGAAGAAGGAGCAAGAUAAUAUGAAAGUAAAACAACCGGUUGGAAGUGAAAUGAAAUUUACUCCGAUAGCUCCAUUCCCCUCAAGACUACGAAGCACAAAGAAGGAGAGGGAAGACCAAGAAAUCAUGGAGACAUUCAGGAAGGUAGAGGUAAAUAUUCCACUCCUUGAUGCUAUAAAACAAGUUCCACGAUAUGCAAAGUUCCUAAAAGAACUUUGUACAUCAAAGAAGAAGCUUAAAGGUAAUGAAACCGUCAAGGUAGGUGAGAAUAUUUCUGCAGUGUUACAAAAGAGACUACCUCCAAAGUGCAAGGAUCCAGGUGUUUUCACCGUUCCUUGUAAAUUGGGGAAUAUCACUAUGCCUAGAGCUAUGUUAGACCUUGGAGCCUCUAUUAACGUCCUACCAUACUCGAUUUUUAAAAACUUAAUGUAG